CGGCGGCCGGGAGCUGCGCGCACGGCGAGGCUGGCAGCGCGCGGGCUGGCGGGCGAGCGAGCGCGGGCUGGGCGGCCGGCCGGCCGGGGCCCCGAGGCGGGCGCGCGGAAGCCCUGGACCUGGCAGGAAAGACCCCGGGACAGGCCGACUCUGAAGCAGCUGAGAAGAGUUUGAUGAGACACAGGGGCCACCCCUUGGCACCUGGAGCAGCAGAGAGAUGGCGUUCCCCGUGCCAUCCACAUGCUACGUGGUGCUCGCCGCAGUGGUGGUAGUGUAUGCUCAGAGGCACAGUCAGCAGGAUUCCCACACUCAGUAUGCACAGCUGGGCAAAGACGUGACGAUACAGUGCGGGUCGGUGGACAGGGGCGCUGUAGUCACCUGGACGGCCAACAACACAGACCUCGAUGCCUCCCACCUCAACGGGUCGUGGCUCGUCCUGAGGCACGUGGACCUCUCCCACAGUGGUCAGUAUUCCUGCUAUGAGGGAUCUUCGUGGCACCUCAAGUACCGGGUCAACCUCAAAGUAGGAACACCGCCCAAGGAGCCCGUUCUGAUGUGCCGGUCCAAUAACUACCCCAAUGGCUUCUACUGCAGUUGGCACCUACCCAGCCCGACCUACAUCCCAGACAGUUUUAACAUCACCGUAAAGCACGACUCCAAGGAAAUCGUGUGUGAGAAGGACGCGUCCCCCAAGAACAGGUGCUAUAUCCGGUACCUUCACCUCUUCUCCACCAAGAAGUAUAAAGUGACGCUGACGGUCACGAAUGCCCUGGGCAGGAAUUCCACCACCAUCUCCUUCGACGAAUUUGCGAUAGUAAAGCCGGACCCUCCGGAGAACGUGGUUGCAAAGCCAAUCCCCAACAACCCCCGGAGACUGCUGGUGACGUGGCAGUACCCCUCCACGUGGCCCGAUCCUGAUUCCUUCCCCCUCAAGUUCUUCCUGCGGUAUCGGCCGCUCAUCAUCGACUACUGGCAGCACGUAGAGCUGUCGGAUGGGACGUCCCACAUCAUCACAGACGCCUAUGCUGGCAAGGAGUACAUCAUCCAAGUGGCGGCCAAGGACAACGAAAUCGGCACGUGGAGCGACUGGAGUGUGGCUGUCCACGCCACGCCCUGGACGGAGGAACCCAAACAUCUCACCACAGAAGCCCAAGGGACAGUGCAAUUGACAAGCACCCUCUUCAUCUCUGCCGGAGUCCUGGUACAGUUUCAAGAGACAACCACCAGCAGCACCUCUGCCUUCGUGGUCCCCUCCACCACCAAGAUGUACGACUCGGAGAGACAAGCAAAUUGUGGCGCCGUGGCAGUUUCCUGGGUGGUCGGCCCAGUGCUGGUGGCAUUCGGCAUUCACUUUAUUUAAAUCUGCCUUGAAGCCCUGCGGAGAAGGCCACCUGGAACACCUGCCUUUGCUUCUGUUUUGCACAUGGUCUGAAGGACGUGCCCCCUUUCUCUCCAUUUUGCUUCUCGCCCCUGAAGGACCAGGACUCUGAGAUACAGAGACCCCAGGCUCCCCCCUCCCUCUUCCCUGCCUUUGAAAGGUGAAACUCUUGAAAGGACUGCGGGAAGCUUCUUGGGCAAGCAGGAAGACUUGAACUGGGCGGGGGGCAGAGGGGGAGGGAGCAGAGAGGAGCACCAGCCAUCCUGGCCUCGGGUUCGGAUCAUACAGCUAAACCUCCACGCCAAAGAUGCGCCACUGAACCGGCUUCACACCCACAGCGCUUGGCGGCCGACUCCUGGAUAUGAAAGUGUGCAAAAAGGAAGCGGCUUGGGAGGGGAGGGGGCUCCCGGACCUGCCACCAGGGGGAAGUGGCUGCCUCCCUUGCCCCGCCUGGAAGACUUACCAAGCCCUCCGCCGGGAAAGACAGGGAGAAGAGGGCAGGAGGCACCGGACACAUCACACCCUCAUCUCCCCAGCUGGCAACCCCAAAACUUGUGCAACAAGAGCUGCGGGGGGGGGGGGGGCGGUGUUUUUUAAAAGAGACUCUUCACAACGUCAGCUGCGUCACCCUGGAGCCUGAGCACGUCGCCUCCCCAGGGGGGUGCCCGGACUGCGUCCCCUCCGUUUGUAACUGCGUCCAUUCCGUUUAUACAGAAGAGCCCCUCGGUUUGUGUAUCGGUCUUACUCUUGGGGGUGGGGGGGAUGUAUACAUACUGGGACCGUAGCUAACCUGAGAUGCCCCGCCUCCACCGCUCCCCCCCUCCCCUCCCUCUUUCGUACCUCCCUCCCCCCCCCCCUCCGGUUUUGUAAGAAUCCAUCUCUCCUGCUUCCUGCUCAUUCGGGCCACGUUUCCUUGUCUCUCUGGUUCAAAGUGCAGUAUUUAAUACCGUACACCCUGUUAGUCCAAACUAACAAUAUGCUGUAUUUGAACUUUUUAUAGAUGUAUAUAAAAAAUUUGAAAAAUCA